CGGUCCAUCCAAUCGUCAGCUCGUCCGUCAAGUUAGAGGAUCUCGUUCCGGCCUCUGCGCGGGCGGCCGGGCGCCACGCACACCGACUCCGCUUUCUUCUCCGGAUCCGGUGAAGCCGCAGGAGCCACCCUCCCCCGAUGAUCCGAGCAGCAACGGUGCACGCGCGACUCCUCCUAUCGCGCUCCUACGUAAGCCAGGCGAAGGCGGCUUCCCGCUGGCCUCUCGUCUCCAGGAAGCCUUCGCUCCUUGGAUGUGGGCGUCCUUUCUAUCAGAUGGACACAAGAGGGCAAGAUGAAAAUAAAGUGUCGACUUCAAGAGGUUGCCAUACUUCCCCUGAGAGUCAAGAACUGGCAAAGAAAAGUUGUGUUCCAUGCAACUCUAAGGAUUUACAUCCCAUGUCAGAAGAUUCUGCUAAAAAAUUGCUUGAACAGGUGAAUGGUUGGGAACUGACAACUGAAGGUGGUAUUCUGAAACUGCAUAGAGCCUGGAAGGUGAAGAACUUUGCUAAAGGACUUGAGUUCUUUCAGCUUGUUGCUGCUAUUGCUGAGGAAGAAGGUCACCAUCCAGAUCUUCAUCUUGUUGGUUGGAAUAAUGUGAAAAUUGAUGUUUGGACUCACUCUGUCAGAGGUUUAACAGAUAAUGAUUUCAUCCUUGCUGCGAAGAUCAAUCAUCUCAAUUUAGAAGGCAUUUUAAGCAAGAGAGCCAAUGUCCAGAAGUAGCUCAGAUGUGUCGACCAAAGCAGUCCUGUUUCGUGCUCCACUCAAACUUUAUAGAUGUAACUCAUAUUUUCUUGGGAAGACUUGGCUAAAAAGUUACAUGUUCAGUAGCUCAUCGUACUUUGCUAAUUUCUCUGAGAUAGACUGCUUUUGAAUCCGUAGUUCAGCUGUUACGGU